CUUUUGAUAGUUGUAACUUUAAGGUCCAAAAGUGCAAAGAAGGAACGGGACGAGUUGUGAUGUGGCGGAUGGGAAUCCUCAAUAGCUACACCAUGGAGUCUACCUUUGGCGGGUCCACCCUGGGUAGUAAAAGAAACACUCACUUUACCACUGAAGAUCUAAAGUCCCUUGGUUAUCAUGUCUGUGAUACCCUUCUGGAUUUCUGUGAUCCUGACCAAACCAAGUUCACUCAGUGUCUAGCAGAGCUUAAGGAACUCUUGCAACAGGAAAUCCACAAGAAAUUCAAUGAACUUGGACAAGAUAUGGAUUUAGAAGGAAGCUGGAGUGACAUCUCUUUGUCUGACAUUGAAUCCAGCACCAGUGGUUCUGACAGCUCUCUCUCAGAUGGUCUUCCUGUUCACCUACUAAACAUAGCAGAUGAGUUGAAGCGGAAGAAGAAGAUGUUUAAGAAGAAGAAAAAGAAGGUUCUUCAGACUAGAAAACAGCGAAAUGAGCAGUAUCAGAAAAAAAAGUUGAUGCAGAGACUAAACUUAACAGAAGAUGCCCCAGAAAGGGCAGGAUUUGCUUCUACACUGCAAAAGCAGGCUACCUUUUUCAAAAAUUCAGAGACUUCCAGUUCUUCAGCAGUGAGAAAUGAAAAACCAAGGAUGAAUGAGACACGGCUAAAUGGAAGAGACAAAGGCACCCUCUUAGACCCAUCAAUGACCACCCUGAUUAUGACCAAGAAUAAAGAGAGAAUACAGAAUAAGAAGCCAGGCUUUAUACUACCAUGCUCUCCAAAGAAAAGCACAAACUCCAGACAAGAGGCAGUUCCAGGUAUGAAGCCAAACUGGACUGGGAACAGAUAUCCUGCCACAAAGAGAAGCCGUGCUGCCAUGAUAGCAUACCCAUCCUUGCACAUUUACACAUACCCAUAGACGUGUCCAGGCUAUGCCACACAGGCACUUCCUUGGGGUGUCUGAGGUUAAACACAUUUUGUAAUGGGGGAAAAUGUAUGAUUGGGAACUGUGUUCAUCCAUGGUAUACUGUGUUAUGCAUCAUCACAUACUGACAUUACACUUUGUACUUAUACUGUGUGCAUGUGAUCAGGAUGCAUACCUCAUGAAUUCAACUUUCUUUCAUAAAACAAAAUUUUAUUUUUAUGUGUAGACAAGCUUUCUUUAUCAGAAACUGGAGUGUGUACUUGUGGAACUAUGGUACAGAUGUACCUCAUUUUAAUCAAUAGUCUCUCUAAAAUUAUGUGCAAAUCAAUUUGAAAAGAUCAAACUAUUUUAAGCAUAUUUUAGGAGUGUGCUACAUAUAUAAAAAGAAAAGUCUUGUAUCAGAGCUUUCUAGAGAGAUGUGGUUUGGACAUGUGUUGAACAUCAAAAAGAAGAGAAUCCUACAAAAUUCAGGCAUAGCCUCCAGUUCCGGUAAUCGCUAAACGGCCAUGAUAAUGAAAUGUCAAGCCCUGCCCAGCUCUCAUAAAGUCAGUCCUGUAAGGAGUCAUAUUUGUUCUCUUUAGAAGAUGAAUGAUUCGUCCUAUAUAAACAUAAGACUCCAUGCAUUACCCAGAAUUUAAUGUUGCAUAUAUUAUAUUCAACAAAGUUAUGUGUAUUUUUAACCCAAUGAUUAAAAUUCUUUCUCUCUAACUAGUUGUUUCCUUUGAUUGGUUAACUGCAUAAUCUUAUACGAGCAGAUAUUUUAUACCAGCCUUUU